AUGGCCGAACUCAGCAAGAACUUCGAGACGCUGCAGCUCCAUGCCGGGCAGGAACCCGAUCCGACGACAAACUCGCGAGCAGUGCCCAUCUACGCCACUACGAGUUUCGUCUUCAACGACAGUGCCCAUGGCGCCCGCCUCUUUGGGCUCAAGGAGUUUGGCAACAUCUACUCCCGGAUAAUGAACCCUACGACAGACGUAUUUGAGAAGCGGAUCGCGGCUCUAGAGGGUGGCGUUGCCGCCGUUGCGGCGUCGUCGGGCCAGGCAGCGCAGUUCAUGGCCAUUGCUACGCUGGCGGGCAGCGGCGACAACAUUGUGUCGACGUCGAACCUGUACGGCGGCACGUACAACCAGUUCAAGGUCCUGUUCGCCCGCUUUGGCAUCACGACAAAGUUCAUCGACGGGGACAAGCCCGAGGACAUUGUCGCCGCCAUCGACGACAAGACCAAGGCCGUCUACAUUGAGAGCAUCGGUAACCCGCGCUACAACGUGCCCGACUUUGAGGGCAUCGUCAAGGUUGCCCACGAGCACGGCGUGCCCGUUGUGGUUGACAACACGUUUGCCGCCGGAGGCUUCUUCGUGCGGCCCAUCGACCAUGGCGCCGACAUUGUCGUGCACUCGGCGACCAAGUGGAUAGGGGGCCACGGCACGACCAUCGGCGGCGUCAUUGUCGACAGCGGCAAGUUCGACUGGGGCAAGAAUGCGGCGCGGUUCCCGCAGAUGGUGGAGCCGUCGGCGGGCUACCACGGGCUCAAAUUCUGGGACACGUUCGGGCCCAUCACCUUCAUCAUCCGGCUGCGCGUCGAGAUUCUGCGCGACCUCGGGGCGUGCCUCAACCCCUUCGCCGCGCAGCAGCUCAUCCUCGGCAUCGAAACGCUGAGCCUGCGGGCGGAGCGGCACGCGCAGAACGCGGCCGCACUGGCGGCGUACCUCGAGAAGAGCCCCUACGUGACGUGGGUGUCGUACCCGGGCCUGGCCAGCCACCCGUCGCACGAGAACGCCAAGAAGUACCUCAAGCGCGGCUUCGGCGGCAUGCUGAGCUUCGGCGUCAAGGGAGGCGGUGCCGCCGGCAGCCAGAUCGUCGACGGUUUCAAGCUCGUCUCCAACCUGGCUAACGUCGGCGACUCCAAGACGCUCGCCAUCCACCCCUGGAGCACUACGCACGAGCAGCUGUCGGACGAGGAGAAGAUCAGCUCGGGCGCCACCGAGGAUCUCAUCCGCAUUUCUGUCGGCACCGAGCAUAUUGACGACAUCAUUGCCGACUUCGACCAGGCGUUCAAGGCCGCUGAGGCCCAACCACCGACAACGACGACGACAACGACGACGGCGAUGCUCCGGUCCGCCCUUCUCAUAGCCCUAGCCGUCACCGCCGCCGCAUCUACCUCCCCCCAGCAGCAUCUCCAGCGGCAGACCUCCGUGACCCUACGGAUCCCCGCUUCGCACUUGCUGCCGAACCCGGGCGUGCUGCCGCCUUCGACGCACGGCACGCUGUCGGCGCUCGGCGCAGGCCGCGCGUCGGCGCCGCUGACGGCGGCCAACACGCUCGUGUUCGGCAACGUCAGCGCCGGCUCGUACCUGGUCGACGUGCACUGCGCGACGCACGCGUUUGCGCCGCUGCGGGUGGAUGUGGUUGAGAGGGGUGAGGGUGAUGGGCUGCUGGUCAGGGCGUGGGAGACGUUCCGCGGCAAUGACUGGGAUAACAAGGGCGAGGCCGUGCCAGCGGAUGGUGGGAUUGAGGUGCGCGUGCUCGGGGAGAAGAACUACUUCAUGGAGCGGAGCAAGUUCAACGCCUUCAGCAUCCUCAAGAACCCCAUGAUCCUCCUCGGGCUGGUCAGCAUGUGCAUCUUCAUCGGGAUGCCGUACCUUGUCGACAACAUGGACCCCGAGAUGCGCGCCGAGUGGGAGGAGCGCCAAAAGACGAACCCGAUGAACGGGAUCAUGGGCGCGGCGACGGGGCAGCCGGGCGCCAGCGGCGGCGUGGGCAACUUCGACAUGGCGGCGUUUCUGGCAGGGACGUCGGCCAAGAAGGGCGGGUCCGAUGAUGGAGCAGCAGCAGCAUCCUCAGUAGCAGACUCUGGCAAGACGACAUCGGGUAAAGGCGGAGAGAACAGCAGGAAGAAGAGGUGA